AAUCGUCGGUAAUUAUAAGUUAUUCGGCUAAUAUAUUUUACGGGAGAAUUACAUGGGAAUUACAAAAAUCCGAUCACUAUGUGGAGCAGUAGUAACUGUAAAAACAUCGGCGUGGUGGUGUUACUGCUGACAGUGAGAAUUGUGUCUUUACUUGCUCUUAAAGUACAGGAAACCGAAACAAGAGAUGCGACGAUUUUGGAUGGAUUAUGGAAUUUUAGAAAAGCGGACAUGUUAAACCCCGAAGUCGGAUUUGCUGAACAAUGGUAUCGGACUUCAUUUUGUCCGCCGAUGACAAAAAGCUGUAUAAAAAUGCCGGUACCGUCUUCGUAUAACGACAUUUCUCAAGACCGUACUCUUCGCGACCAUGUUGGUUGGGUAUGGUACGAACGCCAGUUUUUUGUCCCUUUCCAUUGGUCAUUCAAGAAAGAAAGGGUCGUCAUACGUUUUGAGAGCGUCCAUUAUUUUGCACGCGUUUGGAUAAAUGGCCUGUUUGUAAUCGAGCACGAAGGGGGACAUCUGCCCUUUGAAGCGGAAGUGCAGCGAGCGCUGAACUGGACCUCUAUUAAUCGAAUUACCGUGGCGGUCAAUAAUACAUUAACGCCCUUCACUCUUCCUUGUGGACGCGUAGUAUACCCAAAUAAUCCAGACAGUUAUCCUCCUGGUUACUUUUAUCAGCAGCUCAUUUUUGACUUUUUCAAUUACGCGGGCAUUCACCGUUCCGUCAAACUUUACACCACCCCGCUGCACUAUAUUUCCGAUAUAUUUAUUGUCACCACCGCAAAAGAAGGUCUUGAGCCAACAGGUCUCGUUCGGUUUAAUGUCUGCUACAGUGAGAGCGAAGCGGACAAUAAAAUAACAAGGAAGUCGGCAACAUGUGCAGUACAGAUGUUGGACGCCCAUGCAAACGUGGUAGCCCGGUUGUCGGAGUGUACGGGCGAACUUGUGAUUGCACACGCACGCUUAUGGUGGCCAUUUACAAUGGAUGCAAACGUCGGUUACCUGUACACAUUGAAAGUUGAGUUAUCGGUUGACGAAGAAAUCGUUGACGUUUACAGGCAAAAAUUUGGACUGCGGACUGUCAGAGUUGGUCACGACGGAAUGUACAUUAACAAUCGCUUCUUUUACUUCCGCGGUUUUGGGAAGCACGAAGAUUUUCAUAUAUUCGGCCGAGGAUUCAACUUGCCGGUAAUGAUUAAAGACUUCAAUCUGCUGCAAUGGAGUGGUGCAAAUAGCUUUCGUACGUCGCAUUAUCCAUACGCGGAAGAAGUUCUAGAUUAUGCCGACGAACAUGGGAUUGUUGUUAUUAACGAAAGUCCAGCUGUCGGUUUACACGAAUUCCCAAAUGAAACCCUCAAACAUCAUCUAAAGGUCAUGACCGAGCUGAUUCAACGAGAUCGUAACCAUCCGUCUGUGAUUAUGUGGUCAGUAGCGAAUGAACCAAAAUCCUACGACAAGGGCAGCGAAUUUUACUUUCGCACUGUUAUCAACCUUACAAAAUCACUGGAUGCAACGCGACCGGUUACUUUUGUAAUUGGUGGCAGCAAUGCUUCUCUGGACAAAGCGGCUGGUCUGGUAGACAUCUUAUGCAUUAACCACUACUUCGCAUGGUACAGUGAUCCAGGAAAACUGCAGCUCAUACCAUAUCAGUUAUCGCGCGAUAUUAAACUGUGGGCCAGUCGUUUUACGAAGCCAGUGAUUAUCACGGAAUACGGCGCCGACACAAUCACAGGACUGCAUACGAAUCCAUCCUCAAUGUUUUCCGAGGAGUACCAGACAGAAUUCAUGGCGCAAUAUCAUGGUGUGUUCGAUCAACUCCGCCAAGAUCAGAUUCUAACCGGCGAAAUGGUAUGGAAUUUUGCUGAUUUCAUGACUGACCAAGAGGUAAACCGUGUCUGGGGCAACCGGAAAGGCGUUUUUACCAGGGAGCGUCAACCAAAAACGGCUGCACAUUUUCUUCGCCACCGCUACUGGAAACUCGCAAUGGAUAUCGAUCGGAUGGUCCAGGUUGAUCUUGCUCCACGCUCUGUUGAUGAGCACCUGAUUUGGAAAUACGAGGAAGUUGUGAAAUGGAUUGAGUAAACAUAAUUUUACAAGACGAUAAUCCACCUGGACAACUACCGUUCACUAAUAAUGUAACCGAAAUUAUCACAAAUAUUGCAGUAUACACACUUGUACAAUGUCUCGGAAUUACAUACGGUUAUGUGAAUAUGUAGAUAUGCCAUUGCUGUUUAUACCUUGCCUUGCAUGAUGUACUCUGUAUUUAUCAAAACAGAAUAAAACUAAUCAUAUUAACCUACUUGUGUAAAUUCUAGCCCACCCUUGGCGGCUCAAUAAUUUCAUUAAUUUGUUUUUGUAUUGUGGCU